AUGCACCUGCAUCAGGCCCUGGUCAUGCAGCUGGUCCCCCCAGAGUACCCUGCAGCAGGGGGGCCCACGAGGGAGCAAAGAGCAACAGAGGAGAGGGCUCUCCCCUCCACGGAGCCGGCAGAGGAGCAGAGAGAGCAGAGAGGUCGGCUGGACCAUUUUGAACCAGAUCCUGAAGCCCACGGGGAGCCCACGGCCGUCUGCCGCAGCACGUGUGGCCGGCAUGACGAGGAGGUGGGAGGGCUGAUGGAGAGUUCAGGCUCAUGGGGCUGGGCAGGGGAGGAGGGGGAGCUCGGCUCAUGGCUGCUCCUCCUGCUCAAGAAGAAGUUGAGACACCUGGACGCCUUCUACUUCUGCUUCAUCUCGCUGUGCACCAUCGGGCUGGGUGACUACGUGCCGGGCGAGCAGCCCGGCCAGAAGCUGCGGGCGCUCUACAAGGUCUCGGUCACUGUGUACCUGCUGCUGGGGCUGAUGGCCGUGCUGCUGGUUCUACAGACCUUCCACAAGGCGGCCGACCUGCACGGCCUCACCGACCUCUUCCUGCUGCCGGCCGCUCGCUGCGGCGACCAGGAGCCCAUCCUGCAGCCCGAGGGGCCGCCGGAGGAGCCGGCCCAGGGCGAGAAGCCGCCACCUGCCAGCGCCCAGCUCAACACGGGCAGCCGAGCCAACUACGCCUCCAUCAGCCGAUAGCGUCAGCCCUGCCCGCGGAGGGGGCUGCAGAGGGGGCUGCGUUCCCGGGGCAGCUCCCCGCGGGGACCGUGCCGGCGGCUGACGCGGCUCCUGUCCGCACGUUGCGGGGGGAGCUCGCACAGGGUUUUAAUAAGCGCGCCCCCGUUUUCAGGGGCCGUUC